CCGCUAGCGAUAUUCUCGUGCAUUUUCCAGCAAAUCCAAAAUGGCUUCUGGAGCACCGUCCAAGCAGAAAAAGAAUGCUCGUGGCAUUCCCAAUGCACCUUUCAUUGCGGAUGUAGAGGAAUAUUUGGGCUCUACGCCUGACGUUGAGACUGCUUUGAAGGAGUUCCAAGCCGCUCUCGCAAAAUACCGUUACAUGGACCAUAAUCUCGCACAACGGCGGCGAGGACUCGAGGAAAAGAUCCCUGACAUCAAGAAGACACUCUCGAUGGUUGAAUACUUGCAGGAGAGGCGAGAAGGAGCUAGCAAGGGUGACGGAGACGAGGAGCUGGAUGAAGACAAUGAACUGAGUGGGGAUGUCCACGGAGAGCAAAAGAAGCCUAUGCGUACAACGUUCGAGCUGAACGAUACGCUCUUCGCCGAAGCGGAACUGGAGGAUACUGAUACUGUUUACCUAUGGCUUGGGGCCAACGUCAUGCUAUCUUACAAGUUGCCAGCAGCUAUCGCACUACUGAAAUCAAAGCUGGAGGCGGCAGAAGCUGGCCUGGAGAGCCUGGUGGAAGACCUGGAAUUCCUUCGGGAGCAGAUCACAGUUAUGGAGGUUAAUACCGCACGCGUCUACAAUUGGGACGUCAAGCGAAGAAGAGAGCGGAGAGAGAAGGAGGCAAGAGAAGGCAAGGCAGAGACGACAGUCGGAUGACCUGAGAGAUCUAUGCGUGGAAGUCACUCUCCUUGUAUGUAUAAUAUGUGGUCAAUCACCUGAAGUCACAUUGCUGCUCGACCUUGUAGUUCCUUCCCGUCAAUUCUGAAGGGUGGACUGCGAUAAUUGGUCAGACCUUGCGAAAGCAACGAUAUUUCCGACCGAAAGACUUGCGGAAGGCAAAGCGGUCAUAUGAAG